AUGGCUCUCCUUCCACUCCUCUUCACCUUCGCCUUCAUCUUCCUCCUAUACCAACUCUACCAAAAGCUCAGAUUCAAGCUCCCACCAGGCCCUAGACCAUGGCCGGUCGUCGGCAACCUUUACGACAUAAAGCCGGUGAGAUUCCGGUGCUUUGCCGACUGGGCACAGACUUACGGCCCAAUCAUUUCUGUCUGGUUCGGUUCAACUCUUAACGUUAUCGUUUCCAAUUCCGAGCUGGCCAAAGAAGUCCUCAAAGAACAUGACCAGCAAUUGGCCGACCGGCAUCGAAGCCGAUCGGCGGCGAAGUUCAGCAGAGAAGGGCAGGACCUUAUUUGGGCUGACUAUGGACCUCACUAUGUGAAGGUGAGAAAAGUCUGUACACUUGAGCUUUUCUCUCCCAAGAGGCUUGAAGCUCUCAGACCCAUCAGAGAAGAUGAGGUCACAGCCAUGGUGGAGUCCAUUUUCAAAGAUUGCACCAAUCCUGAUAAUAUGGGGAAGAGUUUCCUAGUGAAAAAAUAUCUUGGAGCAGUGGCAUUCAACAACAUAACAAGGCUUGCAUUUGGGAAGAGGUUUGUGAACUCUGAGGGUGUGAUAGAUGAGCAAGGUCAGGAGUUCAAGGCAAUCGUCGCCAAUGGGCUAAAGCUCGGGGCAUCGCUAGCCAUGGCCGAGCACAUCCCGUGGCUUCGUUGGUUAUUCCCGCUCGAGGAGGAGGCGUUUGCUAAGCACGGGGCACGUCGGGACUGUCUCACCCGAGCCAUCAUGGAGGAGCACACCCUUGCACGCCAGAAGAGUGGUGGAGCCAAGCAACAUUUUGUUGAUGCAUUGCUUACCCUUCAAGAUAAAUAUGACCUUAGUGAGGACACUAUCAUUGGCCUACUAUGG